AUGGAUAUUGCAACAGGUCCUGAUUCACUAGAACGGUGCUUCACUACGGGAAAUAGGGCGCAGUAUUCAAAGAUGUUGGACGGUAUAAAAAUUGAAGACCAUCCGCUGCGGUCGGCACAAGCAACUCUUGGAGUUAUGCUAGGGACCGAGUGCCAUCACCAGGCAGUGUGCGAGGGAUGUCAGCGGCCCAUCUCUGACCGCUUUCUGAUGCGCGUCAACGAGUCCUCCUGGCACGAGGAGUGUUUGCAGUGCGCUGUGUGUCAACAGCCGCUCACCACCAGCUGCUACUUCCGGGAGAGGAAACUUUACUGCAAACAUGACUACCAACAGUUGUUUGCUACUAAAUGCAGUGGCUGCCUGGAAAAGAUUGCUCCUACUGAGUUUGUGAUGCGAGCCCUGGAGUGUGUGUAUCACCUCAACUGUUUCUGCUGCUGUGUGUGUGAUCGGCAGCUGCGGAAAGGAGAUGAGUUUGUGCUGAAGGACGGCCAGCUGCUCUGUAAAAGCGACUACGAGAAGGAGAAGGACCUGCUUGGCUCUGUCAGCCCAGACGACUCGGACUCAGAGAAAAGCGAUGACGAGGAGCUGGAUAUCAAGCCAGAGAAGGGGUCCGCCGGCCAGGGGAAAGGCGACGACGGGAAAGACCCACGGAGGCCCAAGAGGCCGAGGACCAUCCUCACCACGCAGCAGAGACGCGCCUUCAAGGCCUCGUUCGAGGUGUCCUCCAAACCCUGUAGGAAGGUAAGAGAGACUUUGGCUGCGGAGACAGGCCUGAGCGUUCGUGUGGUCCAAGUGUGGUUCCAGAACCAGAGAGCUAAGAUGAAGAAGUUGGCAAGGAGGCAGCAACAGCAGCAGGAGCAGCAGAACUCUCAAAGACUGGGCCAAGGUACAUCUUUCCCUUAUCACGUUCUUCUUCCAGAGGUGAUGUCCAGUAGAAUGGAUGGCAUGAUCAACUCUUACACGCCAUUGGCCCCAGCUCAGCAGCAGAUGGUUGCCAUAGAGAACGGCUACAGCGCGGACCCCUUUCAGCAGGGCCUCACCCCCCCACAGAUGCCCGGAAAUGACUCCAUAUUCCACGACAUCGACAGCGACACAUCUCUGACCAGCCUCAGCGACUGCUUCAUGGCGUCGUCGGAGGUUAACUCCCUGCAGGGGCGUGUGGGAAACCCCAUCGACCGACUGUACUCCAUGCAGAGUUCUUACUUUGCCUCAUGA